UGACGAACGGAUCGAAGGGGUCGUACUCAUCGUCGUGAAGCCGGUAGCCAUUCGACAAAGAAAAUCCUAGGGGAAAGAAAGCGAUUAUCGAAUGUUUGUACUGAACGUGAACCCAACUUACCUAGGAACAGAGCUAUAAUCGUGAACUUCAUCGCUAUGAACUGUAAAGCGUACUGUAUGCAGUAAUUUAUAUAAACAGGAAACAAAAACUUGUUUUAUCUAGAAUUGAUUACAGGGGGGCAAUAAUUUCGGGGAUUUUGACCAGAUUUCCUGGUAAUUAUUGCAUGAAUUAGUCAAUUAUAAGAUAAUAGAGUGAUAAGAUAAGCUAUUUGGAAUCGGAAGCAUAAUUGCACCGCCCAACAAGCAAUAAAUACAGUUUCCGAUUGAUUCUCAUGUUGAUUGGUUAGUAAAAUGAAACAGCUGCUUGUGUUAUUCGCAGUACUCGCUGUUGCCUUUGCCGAAAAAGAUGCAUCAGCUCGUAUAACCGGAGGAACCAACACUGCACCGGGACAAUUUCCUUCGGCUGUCAGUAUCGAUUCUCCUUACAACCUGCACUGCGGGGGAACCAUAAUCAAUCGUCAACAUGUAUUGACGGCGGCCUGGUGCGUCAUGCAUCCAACCACAUUUACUCUCAUCAAUCCGGUGUGGUUGCGCGUCAUCGCCGGCGAUGUCAACCUGGUGUCGCGAACUAUUCGGCGAGAAGUACGCAAUGUGACGCAUCUCUUCGUGCAUCCAAAUUACAACCGAGUGACCAGCAACAACGAUCUGGCUGUGAUCCGUGUCGACAGCUCCUAUCCGGAAUUCCACAAUACAAUCGAGCCGGCCUUAAUCAGUGCAGUGAUUUUUCCCGAUAACACUGAUUGCCUCUACGCUGGAUGGGGAGCCGAUUCCAUCACUGUCGGCGCUCCACUGAACCCCAUUCAACGGAUGAUUCCGGCGCCAAUUGUCCCCAUCACUCAGUGCAAUGCAGCCAAUAUGCACGCGAAUCGUGUGCUUUCCACGAUGUUCUGUGCCGGGUUCGUCCACGCUAUCGCCAGCACUGUUUGUCAGGGUAACAUCGGAGGUGGACUUUACUGCAAUGGUCAACUGGCGGGGGUACUGACGUUUGGACUUUCUUGUGGAGCCGCCAACAACCCCGGAGUCUACAUGGAUAUUCGGCAGUACCGUUCAUGGAUUGAAAGCCAAUUUGCGCGAACGGAUAAUCCUGCCCCAGGAUGGGCCCCAAAUCCAUUGUAAAGAAAAGUUAUGACUUGUCAUAUGUACGAAGUUUCCUAGAUUUUAAAUAAAAUAACGCUCUUCGGUAAGAAAGCCGCCUUUCAA